CUUUCGUCUUUUCAACGGUCUUUUCAACGGUUUGGGGGGUUCUCUCGCUUUCAAUCAUCGUUGAAAAUGCGUAUAUCCAAGUUGUUAUUGUUUUCGGGGGUGCUGAGUGUACAGGCAGCAGCCCUGAAUACAACAUUUCCUUCUUGUGCUGUCGCUUGCAACGAGGAUGUUUUGGCCAGCUGCUCACUGAGUCGUGCAGAGUGUUUCUGCAACGACCAUUCCAUCAACCCAUCUCUACUCAGCUGUGUCUCGAGUAACUGUACCACAAAAGAGCUUUUCACAUCAAAACGAAUCUAUGAGCAAGAAUGCAGCAUCACACCCCUCCAAGGCCCCAGCGAAGCCCAGGCCUCCACGAUAAUACCUUUCAUCCUCGCUUCGAUAUUCUUCGUCAUCCGAAUGCUUGCAAAGGGGUACGGACUGGCUGGAGGCUGGGGAUGGGAUGAUUACACCAUCAUCGUCUCCUAUAUCAUGGGCCUGGCCAUCUUUGUCGUCAACAUCUACUUGAUCCGCUUCGGAUUUGGCCGCAACAUCUGGGACAUCGACUUCGACACCAUCACCAAGUUCUACAAAUACUUCCAAGCCAUUGCUGCAAUGUACAAGAUCCAAAUCUCCCUCGCCAAGAUCUCCGUCUGCCUCUUCCUUCUUCGAAUCUUUCAAACGCCCGCUUUUCGCACCGCCGCGUACUCGCUCAUCAGUAUCAAUGCCGCGAUCGGGAUAACGUGGGCUUUGGUGGACUCGCUACGAUGCCUCCCGGCGCAUUUAACAUGGGAUGGAUGGACGAAUGAGGAGCAGGGGAAAUGCAUCAACUUUAUCAUAUCGAUUUUGAUCAACUGUCUGGUAAAUAUCUUUGUUGAUACGGCGUUGAUCAUCAUGCCGGUUUACGAAGUGAGCAAGCUGCAACUGCGUCCUGCAAAAAAAGUGUCGGUCGUUGUCAUGUUUGCCGUUGGCUCUGUCCUCACAGUUAUCGCCAUCAUCCGCCUCAUCGUCUUCUGGAACAACCGCUGGGGCCAGAACCAAACCCUCGGCCUAUACCCUCUCAUCCACUGGUCCGUCAUCGAAUGCCAGGUAGCAGUCAUGUGCGCGUGUCUCCCUGCCUCGCGCGCUCUAUUCGAGUUCUUCUUCCCCGGCUUACUAGCUGGAUCGUCACGACGCACGACAAACGGGACUGGAGCUGGUCCGACAACAUGGUCGAAUGCGAAUAACAUCAAUUUUAACAUAGGUGGUAACAGCCAGAUCUCGAAGCAGGUUAGUUACUCGGUGAAUUAUACGUCGAGGUCGCAGCGGGAUGGAUCGAAUAGUUCCAUCGAGUUGGUGGAGAGGAAUUAUCGGUGUGAUUAUCCAGCUCAUUAG